GUGAGUCCGGGGCCCGGAGCUGCCAUGACCCGGCCGGCAGUCUGACUGGAAGAUAAUGGCUGCAGAGCUGUUUCCCACCAAGAAGCUGGUCACCUCCGCCUCAGCGAGCAGCAGCACCUCCUCUUCCUCCUCCUCCUCCUCCUCCUCCAUCUCCAUCCCGCAGCACCAGCAGCAGAACCUCACGAACAACAACACGAGCACCGCGGCGCAGGGCGGCAGCAGCUGGCAGGGCCUGUUCCCCACCAUCCGGGAGAGGAAUUCAGUCAUGUUCAACAACGAGACGAUGGCAGACGUUCACUUUGUGGUCGGGCCGCCCGGCGGCACGGAGUCCCGGUCCCGCUGCACAAGCGGUUGUCGAGGUCGGGUCAACACGUCGGUGAUUGGAUGA